GCACGGAUACAUCUGUCUAGAGACACAUCGAGAAAGUUAUUGAGCAGCGGGGCAACGGAGUCGCGUGCUGCGAUACGGUCAGUCAUCUGCACUCGUACAGUUCAUCUUUGUAUUUUAUCACCUGAUUCAUCUCGAUGAGUGAAAAUAGUUUAGCAAAAGAAACUCAAGAAUCCGGAGAAAGUGAUUUGCGCAAAGGAGAAGAAUUUGGAGCUGAAAGUGUAGAAACUUAUUCUAAAAAUGGUAGGGAUUCAAUUGAUAGGAUCAGUGCAUUGCCGGAUUGCUUACUUGUUCACAUCAUAUCUGUUCUGGGUGUGAAGAAAGCUGCUGCUACAAGUAUUUUGGCUAAAAGAUGGCAGUUUCUUUGGGCUGAAUUGCGGAGCCUUGAAUUUGAAUUCUAUCAUUGGGGUAAAUUUAAGGAAGCUAACAAUACAACUGACUUUGUGGCUUGGGUUAAUAGCAUCAUCGCUACUCGUCCUGGAAAUUAUCUUGAGAAGUUGAAGGUUGCUUUCAAGUACGAGAAUUGCUUUGCUCCAGAUGUUGAUAACUGGCUGGAGUUUGCCGUAAAAAAUAAGGUCAAACAAGUCACUUUGAACACUAGCUUCAGAGAACACUGUUACACUCUUGGUGAAAUAAUGUAUUGUAAUUCAUCAUUGACAUCAUUGUCUUUGGAAGGUUGCAUUUUGGUUCCUGAAAGAACAAUCGAGUGGUCAUCUCUGACUAAAUUACAGAUAUCAAGUGUGGAUUUGCCUCAGUGUGUAGUUGAAAAGAUAUUAUCAGGCUGUCCAGUUUUGAAUUCUUUGGAUCUGAGUCAUUGUUGGGGUUUCACUUGUUUGGAGAUCAACUCUAAAAACCUCUGUGAGCUGCGUGUGUGGGAAUCUGAACAUGGAAGUGAUCCUUUCUUGCAAAUUUCUGCACCCUAUAUAAAAGAUUUGAAUCUUUGGUUGUCCUCCGUACAAAGACAGUUCAAGCUCAAAAACAUUUCAUCUCUUGUUAGUUCUACUUUUAAUCAUUCUGAUCUAUCGGGGCACUUGACCUCUGAGGAUGUGCGUAAUAUGAAGGAAGUUUUUGAAAAGAUUCACCAUGUUAAGAAGCUUGAUUUGGGGCCCGGACCCAUUAAGCGCUACUAGGCUCUAGCAGUGCUGGUGCUUAAUGGUUGGCAGCUUCCAAAAUAUAAGCUAAGGUGCUUGAAAAUAGAAUUGGUAUCUGAAGCUUCAGAAACCAUACCUGGCAUUUUGGGUCUGCUGGAAUCUUCUCCAGACAUUGAGACAUUGGUCAUAGAUUCUGAUGACCCCUAUGGGGCUUGUCUAAAUAUUUUGCGAUUCUAGUUGGACUAUGACUGGGCCCCACCUGCAAAGGAUAAUUUGGUUUGCGACUUGUUGCAUUUGAAGACGAUCAAAAUGUUUAGCUUGGCAGAUCCAGACCUUGAUGGUGAACCAAUGCUCACAUUGGCCCGAAUCCUUCUUAAGAGGACUCCGAUAUUGGAAGAUAUGGGCAUAUAUGUUGGUACUGAAGAUACAAAUGACUUUGUCAAGAUAGGACAAACCCUUCUCAAUUACCCUAGAUCCUCACCGAAGGCUGUCAUCCAUCUAUAUUAGAUUGUUGGCUUUUGUGUGUUCAAUUUCUCUACUAUGUAAACUGUAAAGCAUUUAGUAUUCUCUACUUGUUAGUUCUAGUUUGACUAACUUGCUUCUAGUGGGAUGAUUUUUCUACAUCGUAUUUAAAACAUUUUCAGUACUUGUGGUGCAGAACUGCAAAUUAUAGUAACGUAUACC